CUUCCGAAGUCGAGCAGAUCGGUGAGGCUGGCGUGGGUCCAUGAAGCCAGGAAGUCUUGAAAGCUCCAGGCUCUCUCACCGAUCUCACGUCGGUAGGUCCAUGCCAUCUGUUUUUAUCGCACGGCUGUCUGCGACAUGGUUUGCGCCAGAACGUGUUGGAGCCAAGCACACAAGCACUGUCCCGCGCUUGGUUGUUUGUGCCUCAGGCAGAACACCAUAUGCUGACUGACCUUCACGUUGCUGUCGUGUCAUCCGCCUUCUUUCGAACGAACUAUUGACCAUGAGCAGACGAGAGAGGCGUCCGCCGGUGGUGGCCGUGUUCCUCGUAGUGUUCGACCAGAAGGUUGGCUACACCAUCUCCUGGAAACGCAGUGUGGACGAUGUUGACCUUGACGGAGUCGAAUUCAAAAGCCUACCCUCCGGACUGCACGCCGUGAAAGAGGAUCUGAUAUACUUCAUCCAAGGCGACCAUGCCGGUGUGACCGCCUUCGUGCAAGAGGAGGCCGAUGCGCGGCAGCGAAAUGCGAGCUUUGUUGCCGUUGGGGCAUUGAUUUCACUGAAUCACGGGCAGCUGGGACGUAGCUGGACGCAUGCAGAAGAGCUGCGAAGACUUGCAAAGGUGGUCGUGAAGCAGGCCUCAAAUACGGAGCCUUUGGAGGAGUUUUGGGAACAGCACAGAGCGGACAACGCAGAUCGGACAGCACCUUCGUCUCCAGUUGCAAGUCGCGCCGCUGGUGCCAAUGGCCUCGGGAGGAAGCGCCUCGCCUCAGAGGCAACGUUGGCGGGUUUUCAUGCCGAAUGGAGCUGGCCCUUAGACCACCCUGCACUACAUGUGCCUUCCAUGUUGGAAACCUUUGGUCCACUCCUGUUCCCGCUCCAUCGAGCUGCGCUAGCGAGACAACGCAUCCUGCUUCUCGGGAGUCCAUCAGUGCAGCACAACGCCAAUACAGUCUACCUCACAUCUGUUCUGUCCACUAUCUCACAGUCUUUCGCGGAAACUCUGCCUUCAGAAGCGGAACCAAUACUGCGAGGCUCACCGCUCUUCAGCGUCGGCAUACACGACAUUCCGGAUCUUACAGCUCGGGCUGUAGAUGUGGGAGGAUGGAUCGCCACUUCGACAGAUGACAUACUUGGCGACAAGAAGAAUCUCUACGACCUACUUGUGAAGCUUCCUGCACAGACAGCCACUAGCAAGGCAUGGCCGGAGCUCAUAACAAGCUCCGGGAGAGUUAUCAAGGCCUCUCAGCGGGACCUGCGAAGAUGGAAUUUGCUGCGGAGAGAAUUGAGAAGACUUCGGCGCCAGACUGUUACAAUGUUCGCUGACGAGUCGCCGUCAGUGAGCGAGAACGAUCAACGUCCAUUGCUCGAGCGUCGAGACACGAGCAGGGAAGCAAUUGGCGAAGUGGCAUUGCAGCAACGGGAUGAUACCGAGGCGGUAGAGCCAUCGUCAUGGUCCGCUAUGGCAUACCGCGGCUUCAUGUGGUGGGCGUCAGCUGGAGAUGUCAGUGCCUGGGAAAACGAAGAAUCCAAGGCUGAUGAAGAACUGCUCUUCGACAUGCCUGACAUCGGAGGCAUGUUCCCAGGCACCGCUGAUCAACGUACACAAGAAGACAAGGAGUCCGAGUUUGCGCGUGCGGCCGCGACGCUUCUGGUAGCUUACUUCAGGCGCGUCACAGAAAGCCUUCUGCGUCCGCUCGCCAGCAUUGUGGAGGCAGCGGAUGAUGCGACCGAAGAGGGUAUAGAAGAGGACGAGAUACGGCUCGAUGGCGACGACCUCCGUGCAAUGGGCCUAGACACAUGGAGUGAGCUUGACAAGCAAUUCGUCGAGCGGAUGUUAAAGAUCUGGUUCAGUCGCGAUGCUGCGAUCGCUGACAAUGGUGUGCGGAUCUGCGGCGUCAGGGUUUACUGAGCAGCCUGCAGCACAGGGACAGACAAAACGUGGGAGGCGACCACGUCGUGGUCUUGCUACGCUACGCCACGUCUCUGACACGGCUUGGACCUAGGGAAAUCAAAGCCUGUCGCCAACGCCGACAUAAGUAUUCUUCAGCUCAUUGAAGCCGCCGCGCAGUAGCGGUGACCAGCCGACACGUUUGCUUGAUCGCAGCUGUU